AUGCCACCCGAAGGAAGUAAGAGGGCUGAGAUAUUGCCAGGUUGCCCAAACCUAUACAAGAGAAGCCAAGACGCAGAAGUUAGGCGGUCGAACCGUGGAGUACCUCAAACAAGAAUACAGGAUGCAAGCACUGCAACUGAACUGAUUGCCCCCUCGCUCUAUUCCAGGUUCCGGCUGCGAACCACGGGUGAUUCAGAUGCUACUGCAGCUGGAUAUGCCUGCGUGGGUAACGCCUUGAGCUACCGAGCGGAAGCGAAUUUCGAGGUGAGGUUUAUUGUAUCUGGUUACGACCCCAAGCAAUUUAGCCCUGGAUCGUUCUAUGACACGUUCUAUGACGCUCUAGGUGCUCUUUUACAACAGGCUAAAAUCGUUGUUGUGACAUGGACGCCAAACUGCUGUUGGGGUCCAACUGGGUGGUCUGACGGGGUUGGAUACGAAAAACAUGGACAACGCAAAUCGUCCAAUUCAGAUAUGUGCCAAUCACAGACUGUUCCUUUGCAGCACCAAGUUCCGGAACAGCUGAUGACAUUUGGCCACGCUGAAUUUACCAACCAACUAGUCCCGAAUCCAAAUUGA